AUGGACAUGACCAGCGGCUGGCUCGGCUUCUCCUUGUCUUCCUCCUCUUCCGCCGCCAGGGGCUACGACGCCGGCGAGGGAGCGGGGUGCGAUGGCGGUGACGGUGGCUCUUGCUCGUCGCCCACCGCGGCGGCGGCGCCUUCUUCGCCCAUCGUGGGCGUGCCGUUGCACUCUGGCGGCGGCUCUGUGCAGUACGAUGGACAAGAUUGGAGGCAUCAGCAUGCAGAAGCCAAAGGCCCCAAGCUGGAGGACUUCCUGAGCGUCGGCUACGGCAACGACAGGAGCAGCGGCAGCAUCUACGACGCCAGCCACGCCGACCAGCUCAAGUACCACCACCACCAGGACGUCCACCACGCCUAUCCAGGCUCGCCCUACUUCCAGGGCAAUGGCGGUGGUGGCGUCGUCAUCGGGCUGGACAUCAACAACGCGCCGCCGCCGUCACACUGCACCGGCCUCCCGGACCACCACUUCAUGCCCGCGCACCAUGGCCAGUACUCGCUGUGCCCGCCGAACCAACAAGCUGCAGGCGCGGGCGCGAUGGCGGCGGCGCCAAUGUACAGCUCCGCGGCGGGCUUCGACGGCAGCGCCAACAUGUCCAUCUCUGGCAUCAAGUCCUGGCUCCGGCAGUCGAUGUACGUGCCCGAGCAGUCGACGUCGGCGAUCCCCCCCUCCGUGCACGCCGCCCCGAGCGAGCCGCCGCUGCCGGCGCCGUGCGUCCCCGUCCCUCGCAAGCUCGCGCAGACCUUCGGGCAGAGGACGUCGCAGUUCCGCGGCGUCACGAGGCACAGGUGGACGGGGAGGUACGAGGCUCACCUGUGGGACAACACCUGCAGGAAGGAAGGCCAGACCAGGAAAGGAAGGCAAGUUUACCUAGGUGGCUAUGACAAGGAGGAGAAGGCCGCGAGGGCUUACGACCUGGCCGCGCUCAAGUACUGGGGUCCGGCGACCCACAUAAAUUUCCCGUUAAGCACCUAUGAGAAGGAGCUGGAGGAGAUGAAGCACAUGACAAGGCAGGAGUUCAUUGCGCACUUAAGAAGGAACAGCAGUGGGUUCUCGAGGGGAGCAUCCAUGUACAGAGGAGUGACCAGGCAUCACCAGCACGGCAGAUGGCAGGCCAGGAUUGGGAGGGUGGCAGGGAACAAGGACCUGUACCUUGGCACCUUCAGUACGCAGGAGGAGGCGGCGGAGGCGUACGACAUCGCGGCGAUCAAGUUCCGCGGGCUGAGCGCCGUCACCAACUUCGACAUCAGCAAGUACGACGUGAAGCGCAUCUGCGCCAGCUCGCACCUCAUCGGCGGGGACCUCGCCUGCAGGCGCUCCCCGACGCGCGACGCGCCGGCGCUGCCCAGCGGCGUGAGCGUCGCCGUCGAGCGCCCCGAGGCCGGCGCGUCCGACAACAGCUCCGACGCCUCGGACGGCCACCGCGGCGCGCACCUGCUGCACGGGCUCCAGUACGCGCACGCCAUGAAGUACGAGGCCGGCGAGGGCAGCAACGGCGGCGGGAGCUGGAUGGCCGCCGCGGCGCGGCCGGUGGCCGGCGUCCCCAGCGCGCACCCGCUCCCGGUGUUCGCGCUCUGGAACGACUGA